AUGUCUCGGACCGAGGAAGUCAACAAGAUGACAGAAAAUGUCUACAAGGGGAUUUUGGACCAGUUCAACCCCAGUCUGAAGAACUUUGUGACCAUGGGGAAACACUAUGAGAAAGCCCUGACAGGAGUGACGUUGGCUGCCAAGGGUUACUUUGAUGCUCUGGUGAAACUUGGAGAACUGGCGAGUGACAGCCAAGGCUCCAAAGAGCUGGGAGACACACUGUUUCAGAUGGCUGAGGUCCACAGACAGAUUCAGGUGCAGCUGGAGGACGUGUUGAAGCUGUUUCAUUCUGAGCUACUCGCACAGUUGGAGCAGAAACUGGAACUGGACAUUAAAUACCUCACAGCCACUUUAAAGAAGUAUCAGAGUGAGCGGAGGUCUAAAUCUGAGUCUAUCGAGCGCUGCCAGUCACAGCUGAAGAAACUCCGCAGGAAGAGCCAAGGCAGCCGUCACCCGAACAAAUAUGGAGACAGAGAGAUGCAGUUUGUGGAGCUGAUGAGUCGUCGUCAAGGCGAGCUGGAUGCGCUGGUUGCUACAGGUUACAAGUCUGCACUCACUGAGGAGAGGAGACGAUAUUGCUUCCUGGUGGACAGACAGUGCUGUGUCACCAAACUGCUCAUCAACUACCACUCAAAGGUCAGAGAGCUUCUGUCGCAGAAACUGUCAUCUUGGCAGCAGUCAUGUUCUCAGCCAACAAAGCUCCCGGAGCGUGCUCUGAAUCUGCUGCGUCACACCGCACCACAAGGCUCAGGGGCUGCUGGGAUAGCCGAGGCCCUCCGUCACACCAAGAUCGGCUCUGCUCAGCCGGAACAGAGACUCUCUGUUCAAGAAGUCCCUCCUCUGUUAAAUGGAGACUCCAGUCGCUCCCAGCAGCAACGCUCAGUCCCUUCUUCCUCCCAGAGUGACACCUGUCCACCUCAGGGCUCCCCGCAGACUUUCCGCUCCCUGUCCGCCACUGGAGGAGCUGCUGGAGGUUCAUCAUGCGGAGUGUCUCCUCAACACACCAGCACACCCCUCAAUGCAUCAGCCAGCCCCCUCCCUGACAGCAGCACCAGCACCAGCGGCAGCAGCAGCGCCAGCCCCGCUACAUCCACUCCCACCAUGUUCAGCAGCUCGGCCCAGCAAGGCUCUCUCCUGGCUGCCAACACAUGCAACCUCUCCCCGAGCCUCAUCCCCUCCACAGUGAUGUCACUAAGCCAUGCCCCCCCGACCAGCACCUGCACACAAGGCAUGACCCUCACCAUUCCCCAUAGUGCUCCUCACAGCCCUCCUCUGCCCCACAGCGCUCCUCUCUCCAGGUCCAUGACUCCUGUGCAGUUACUGCACCAACAGGUGGGACCAGGGGGAAGCAAUACGGCAUCACCCUCACAUUCUUGGCUGAUGAAGACUGCAGAGAUGUGUGCGACAUCAACACUUCCACUGCCUAGGAGACCUGUGAGUGAAAUAAGGCUGGGUGGUUUUCAAGGCUCCAGUCUUCCCAGGAUGCUGCCUUUAUCUGGACCUACACGUGUGGAAGCCAUGUUCGCUCACUCACCUGGAGCGUCAGAGGGCGGUGGCAUAGGAGGUGCCUGCUUACUGCACUUCCUGCCUGGUGACAGUAUCGCCCUGCUGAUUUCUGAGCCCAGAGACGGGUGGCACUAUGGUCAAAAUGAACGAACUGGACGGAAAGGCUGGUUCCCUUUCUCCUACACCCAGCCACAACACAGUAAGAUGGAUCAUAUCGAGAGCUCUCUCUUCUUAUCUAAAGCUAACAGCACUAGUAUGGGCCAGCUCGACAAGCUCGUGUCUCCGGGUAUCCCAGCACUCACUCCCGAGUCAGAGGAGGAGCGCUCCCUUCCUCCCCAGAGGGUCAGCACCUUCCGCCCGCGCCCGUACAGCAUGGCCGACAGCAACAAGGAGAGACCUGAAAGAGAGGGAGAAUGUCUCGAGGGUUAGAGUGAAUGUAAACUCACAACUGAGCCUCUCUCUUACCUUAUCUUUGUUGCUUCUAUAUUACAGAUCUCAGCAGAGUUGGUCUCUCCACCAGGCUCACCCAGCAGGCCCAAUCCAUUUGCCCACGUCCGUCUCAGAAAAACAGUCACCAAUGAUCGUUCAGCUCCCAUCAUCGAGUAAGCGAUCCUGUUUUGUGUGCUCUGUUGAUCCAUCAAGUCUCAGGUUGAAUCCUG